CUUAAGUGAAUGACUACCUCGUUAUCAGAGCAGCCGAUACAGAGUUCAGAGUUUACAAACAGGGCUUCAGUUCAUAUCUAACAUUAACACCGUAAGGUACUACAAAAUUAGAAUGAAACACCUUGCAUACUUAGUAAUUGCAAUUAAUCUCAUUAACAUAAGUUCUACUAAUGCAGGUGCAGAUUUUUCGUCAACUCUGGGCCACAUUAAACCAAAAGGGUCUUCUGAAACUCAAGCAGAUGCUGUUAGAGAGUUAAUCCAGAGGUUGCUUCCUGAUCAAGCGACAUUGUUCUCUAUCACUGUGGAACCAAAUUUGAAUGGAGCUAAAGACACGUUUCAUAUAGAGAAAACAUCUGAUAAUAUUGUUCAAAUAAGUGCAACUACUGGAGUAGCUGCAGCAGCUGGUUUCAACUACUAUCUUAAAUAUUUUUGCAACUGUCAUGUAUCCUGGGAAGCUUCACAGUUAAAUUUACCUGAAGAGUUACCAGAUGUUAACAUCACCGUUACGUUGAACGACAAAUUUCGAUAUUACCAAAAUGUUUGUACCACGAGCUAUAGUUUUGUUUGGUGGGACUGGACCCAGUGGGAAAAACACAUAGACUGGAUGGUUUUAAAUGGAUUCAAUCUGGUUCUGGCUUUCAAUGGACAAGAAGCUAUCUGGGAACGAGUUUACAAAAAAUUUGACUUAACUGAUGAUGAUAUCAAUGAACAUUUUACCGGACCUGCGUUCUUAUCAUGGUUGAGAAUGGGAAACAUUAGGGGAUGGGGAGGUCCUUUAUCUCCAGCCUGGCACCAGAGAUCUCUAACUCUACAGAAGCAAAUUUUGCAAAGGUUGCGCGAUUUUGGGGUAAUACCAGUGCUGCCAGCUUUUGCAGGACACCUCCCCAGAGCUUUCAAAAGACUCUAUCCUGACGCCAACAUGGUGGAAAUCGGUUCCUGGAACAACUUCAACUCUACUUAUUGUUGCCCUUACUUUUUAGACCCCACGGAAGAUUUAUUCAACCAAAUUGGAUCAACUUUUUUGUCAGAAUUAAUUGCAGAGUUUGGAACUGACCACGUCUACAAUUGUGACAGUUUCAACGAAAACACUCCUUCAACCGGCGAUCUCACGUAUUUGGCAAACGUUGGCCAGGCAAUUUACAAAGCGAUGACUGAUUCAGACCCUGACGCAAUAUGGUUAAUGCAGAACUGGAUGUUUGUCCAUGAUACAUUUUUUUGGACACAUAGUAGAGCUAAAGCUAUUUUAACGUCAGUACCUAAAGGGAAAAUGAUAGUUCUUGAUUUACAAUCAGAACAGUGGCCACAGUACGAUCGACUGAAAGAAUAUUUCGGGCAGCCUUUUAUUUGGUGUAUGUUACAUGAUUUUGGUGGUACUUUGGGUAUGUUUGGAUCGUCAACUAUUGUGAAUGACUCGCCAAUAAAAGCGAGAAAUAUGGAAAAUAGUACCAUGAUUGGAACAGGUUUGACGCCUGAGGGGAUCAACCAGAAUUACGUAAUUUAUGAAUUAAUGACUGAAUCGGCUUGGAGAGAAACGCCUGCUAAUUUAACGACGUGGUUUGAUGAUUAUUCUAUGAGAAGAUAUGGCUUGUCUGACGAAAACGCCAAACAAGCGUGGAGAAUUCUUCAGGGAAGUGUUUACGAUUACCAAGGCUUAACCAAAAUGAGAGGAAAAUAUGCAGUUACGAAAUCCCCAAGUCUGAAAAUCUCUAUUUGGACUUGGUACUCAACUAAUGAUCUGUUAAAUUCUUGGACGAGUCUGUUGGAGGCGGCUGACAACAUAGGUAACAAUUCUGGAUACCUUCACGAUUUGGUAGACAUAACACGACAAGUUCUUCAAGUCAACGGCGAUUUAUACUACAAAGAAAUUAUCAAAGCUUUCCAAAACAAGGAUAUCGAAAACUUCGAAAACAACUCCAAGACAUUUUUGGAGAUUUUCCCCGAUCUUGAAGCCAUUUUAUCAACAAACCGGGAUUUCCUCUUGGGACCUUGGCUGGAAUCCGCCAAAAGUGCGGCCAAUGACAGCACCGAAGCAAAACAGUUUGAGUACAACGCAAGAAACCAAAUCACUUUAUGGGGACCUCGAGGUGAAAUUCUUGAUUACGCCAACAAACAAUGGGCAGGAGUGGUUUCAAACUUUUUCGCUCCCAGAUGGCAGCUGUUCAUAAAUUACAUGAAUGAAACUUUGCUUAAUGGAGAAGCUUUCAAUCAAACUUUUAUCAGUGACAAGAUGUUUAGAGAAGUUGAAGAGCCAUUUACGUUUGACCGAAGUGAAUUUCCUGUUGAACCUUUCGGAGACACCGUGGAAGUGGCUAGAGAAAUUCACAAAAAGUGGCUUUCGGAUGACUAUAGGAAAUUCAAGUUCGUGGCGAGACACAAAAAAUAUAAAAUAGUGUAACUCACGUGUAAAUAAAUAAAAUCGUCUGGGUUA